CCAUGUUCCCCCCCUCUCAAAGCUGCCUUUUCCCUUCUAAGAAUCCUUCUCCUCCGUCCAUCGCCAUCAAUCAGUUGCCUCUCUCUCUCUCUCGUUCACCCCCACUCCCCUCUUGCAGCAUUGGCAACCAGCGCGCCAACGUCACCUUCUCUCGAUCAAUUCUUCGUGGAAAUCCACUCCCCGCUCUUCUUGAUUGAUGAGCAUUAGCAGUUUAAACAUGCAGUCGGUUUAAGGUUUCAGCACCGAGAAGUGCCCUGUCAUCGCUCUGUUUACACCGCUACCUUUCAAUUUAUUCAUUUCUUUUCCAAGGUUCUGUGUUACGAGAGGCGAUCCGAGCAAGGCGUAUCCUACAGGCACAUAUAUCUCAUAAUUUCCACAAGUAUCCCAAGGGUACGUAAAUAAGUCUGGUGUGAAUGGGAUCCCUUGGAGAUAGUAUUUCGAAUGGGGCUCGUCGCGUUGUAGAUUUUCGAUCAGAUACUGUGACGAAGCCAACGGCUGCAAUGCGAGCCGCUAUGGCUAAUGCGGAGGUAGACGACGAUAUUCUUGGAGUUGAUCCAACAAUGAAUGAACUACAAAAACAAGUUGCAACAGUUAUGGGGAAGGAAGCCGGUUUAUUCGUACCCUCUGGAACCAUGGGCAAUUUAAUUGCUGUUCUUGUGCACUGCGAGGUGAGAGGAAGUGAAGUUAUAAUUGGGGAGGAGAGCCACAUUAUGCACUAUGAGCAAGGUGGGAUUUCAACACUCGGCGGUGUGCAUCCGAGGACUGUUCCGAACAAUGCAGAUGGAACAUUUGAUCUUAAGAAAGUGGAAGCCGCUAUACGAUAUGAGCUUGAUGACCACUUUCCGAUCACCCGCCUAAUUUGUCUUGAGAAUACUCAGGCCAGAUGCGGAGGGAGGUGUCUCUCAGCUGAAUAUACAGACAAGUUCGGGGAGCUUGCCAAAUCAUACGGGCUGAAAUUGCAUAUUGAUGGUGCCCGCAUAUUCAAUGCUUCCAUCGCACUGGGGGUUACACCUGAAAGGUUGGUGCGAGCUGCCGACAGUGUUUCGGUGUGUCUUUCAAAAGGCUUGGCAACGCCGGUGGGCACAGUAUUGGUUGGCUCUAAGGAGUUCAUCACAAAGGCAAGGAGAUUGAGGAAAGCUUUAGGGGGAGGUAUGCGGCAGGUUGGUAUUUUGGCUGCUGCAGGAUUGGUUGCCAUGCGUGACAUGGUUGAUCGUCUCAAUGUUGAUCAUGCCAACGCAAAACUGAUGGCAGAGGGAUUGAAUGCCGUGAAAGGACUUCGUGUGGACAUGUCGAUUGUAGAGACCAACAUUGUGUAUGCGGAGGUGACGGAUGACUCUGUACUCACUCCAAAAGAGAUUGUUGAAGCCUGGAAGGAGUAUGGAGUGCUUGCAAUGACCUGGGGUCGGAACAUGAUACGGGUGUUGACCCACUACCAAAUCACAGAAGAUGACGUUCUUUUUGCCCUCAGUUUCUUCAAAACAACCUCUCUGCAGGCUGCCAACCACAAAUCUUCGACGUUAAGCCGAAAACGAACUGCUGCAGAGCUAGCUCCAGUUUACUAUUAGAAUUAGAGUAGAUAUACUAUAACUCGCGCUUGUAAAAAUACCCCAUAGAUUUGGAAUUGGACUAUCGGAAAUUGUUUGCUAUCAGUUGUUACACUAACCAAUCAGUACUUAAUGAUUGUGUACAUUGAUUAAAGAGUACAGAGAUUUCAGUACAGGUAUUUCGGUGGUGUUGAGAAACAUUUUGAUUUGUCAUUCUAUAAAAAAUUCAGUUCUUAGCUUUCGCAUCA